AUGCUCUCCCUUCCGCUCCAGACUCUGUCAACAGCACAGGACACCGACACCAGCGAGCAGAGGUUCAACUGGCAGAAAGAGACCAAUGACCUCACAUUGAUCAUCGACAGCUAUGGUGCGCGCGGUGGUCUCCAGCUCAUGAAACUGUGUCAAGGCUCGCAGGUCCGGCAAACCAUCGAAAUCGAGAGACUGAUCAACGAAGGCAAUCACAUUACCCGUCUGAGUAAAGAGCGCGGAGUGCAGGUGCAGCCCGACCACCUACACAUAUCCGCCAUUGUGCGCUGUCCUCUCCUCGCUAUCAAAUGGCAAGUGGCCAACGACAAGAUCAGGCGCAUCCAGAUGAGGUUCAAGUCGGACAAAGACUUCGACACCGCGUUCAGCCACCUCCUUCAUCUCGGUCUCUACAUGGGCGGCCAAAAGGCAGUCCCCCGAAGCGCAACCAGCAAGGAGAUCGAACUUCCACCUCUACCCCAACCCACUGUCAUCAGCAAGACCGCACGUGGAAAGCAACCAAUGCAACAGCCUCCUCGCACACCGAACCAAGAUCAGUACAGUCCUGCACGCGCAAAGACAUCUCCACAUGGCGGUAUCGAGAAUCAGUCACCGUUGACAUCGUCUCCAAUCUCCUCUCCGUUAUCUUUCAAGCGGUCAAGUUUCAGUGCCAUCCCGACACCGCAAUCUCUUGGCGAACGAAGUUAUGCUGCACAGAAUCUUCACCAUAACAUGUCGUAUAGUGGUUUCGACACCCCACCUACGUCUGUUGCUGGUCAUCGUGGUGUGAGCAUGUCCAAUCCAGGUGCUACUAGUAGUGUCAAUGAGCACGACCAGCUGGCGACAUAUGCGAUGCAGUCUGACGAGGGACGUAGAGCAGCGCUCAACGAGUUCGUCUACCGCCACCUGGAAAGCGACGACUUCCUCACGCUGGUCCAAGACAUGGAGACAGCUUGGGGGAGAAUUGCAAUGUGA